AACCACGGCCAGUGGAACCUGCGCACGGGGCGGCGGUGGCCAAUGGGAAGGCGGCUGGCGCGCGGGGCGCGCGGGGCGGGCGGGCCGGGGCACCCUGGAAGCCACACCUCCUCUCCGGUCCCGCAGGGCUGGGGCGGAGCCAGGCGCGCGUCAGGUGGUCCCGGGCGUGCGGGGCGGCGCGGGAGGCGGGGCGCGGGGCGCAGAGGGGAGCGGCGGCCGGCUGGCUGGCUGGCUGGCUGGCUGGCGGCGGACACUGGCUGCACCUGCAGGUACCCGCGGCGGAGGUGGCCAGGCCGCCCGCGGGGGGCGAGCUGGGCAGGCGGGGACGCGGGCCCGCCGCACCCCGAGGAAGGCGGUGAGCGUUCGCGCCCCGCGCGCUUGUCCUUCGGCCGCGCGAGCCCCUCCGGAGCGCCGGUCCUGCGCUCCCCCGCCAACCCGGGCCCUACCUGAGGCCGUCGUCGUCGGGGGAGGGGGGUCCCCCCAGCUCUGCGGAGCCGCAUGAACAAUAGGCGGCGGCGGCUCCUGCGGGCGGCGGCAGCCCCGCACCCUAUGGAUCGGCCGCUCCAUGGAGCCCUCCAGAGCGCUUCUCGGCUGCCUGGCGAGCGCCGCCGCUGCUGCCCCGCCGGGAGAGGACGGCGCGGGGGCCGAGGAGGAGGAAGAAGAGGAGGAGGAAGCGGCGGUGGCGGCCCCCGGGGAGCUGGGUUCGAACCCUCCGCUGCCUUACUGGACGGCAGUGUUCGAGUACGAGGCGGCGGGCGAGGACGAGCUGACCCUGCGGCUGGGCGACGUGGUGGAGGUGCUCUCCAAGGACUCGCAGGUGUCCGGCGACGAGGGCUGGUGGACCGGGCAGCUGAACCAGCGGGUGGGCAUCUUUCCCAGCAACUACGUGACCCCGCGCAGCGCCUUCUCCAGCCGCUGCCAGCCCGGUGGCGAGGACCCCAGUUGUUAUCCGCCUAUUCAGUUGUUAGAGAUUGACUUUGCGGAGCUGACUCUGGAAGAGAUCAUUGGCAUUGGGGGCUUCGGAAAGGUCUACCGUGCCUUCUGGAUCGGGGAUGAGGUUGCCGUGAAGGCUGCUCGCCACGACCCCGACGAGGACAUCAGCCAGACCAUAGAGAACGUUCGUCAGGAGGCCAAGCUCUUCGCCAUGCUGAAGCACCCCAACAUCAUCGCCCUCAGGGGCGUGUGUCUGAAGGAACCCAACCUCUGCCUGGUGAUGGAGUUUGCCCGCGGAGGGCCCCUGAAUAGGGUGUUGUCUGGGAAGAGGAUUCCCCCGGACAUCCUGGUGAACUGGGCUGUGCAGAUCGCCAGAGGAAUGAACUACUUACACGAUGAGGCCAUCGUCCCCAUCAUCCACCGAGACCUUAAGUCCAGCAACAUAUUGAUCCUUCAGAAGGUGGAAAAUGGAGACCUGAGCAACAAGAUUCUGAAGAUCACGGACUUUGGUCUGGCUCGGGAAUGGCACCGAACCACGAAGAUGAGUGCGGCAGGGACCUACGCUUGGAUGGCUCCAGAAGUCAUUCGCGCCUCCAUGUUUUCCAAAGGCAGCGACGUGUGGAGCUAUGGGGUGCUGCUUUGGGAGCUGCUGACUGGUGAGGUGCCCUUCCGAGGCAUUGAUGGCUUGGCAGUGGCCUACGGAGUGGCCAUGAACAAACUCGCUCUUCCUAUUCCUUCGACAUGCCCAGAGCCUUUCGCGAGACUCAUGGAAGACUGCUGGAACCCCGAUCCCCAUUCACGACCAUCUUUCACAAGCAUCCUGGACCAGCUGACUACCAUCGAGGAGUCUGGUUUCUUUGAAAUGCCCAAGGACUCCUUCCACUGCCUGCAGGAUGACUGGAAGCAUGAGAUCCAGGAGAUGUUUGACCAACUCAGGGCCAAAGAAAAGGAACUCCGCACCUGGGAGGAGGAGCUGACGCGGGCAGCGCUGCAGCAGAAGAACCAGGAGGAACUGCUGCGGCGGCGGGAGCAGGAGCUGGCCGAGCGGGAGAUCGACAUCCUGGAGCGGGAACUCCACAUCAUCAUCCACCAGCUGUGCCAGGAGAAGCCCCGAGUGAAGAAACGCAAGGGCAAGUUCAGGAAGAGCCGGCUGAAGCUCAAGGACGGCAACCGCAUCAGCCUGCCCUCUGAUUUCCAGCACAAGUUCACGGUGCAGGCCUCCCCGACCAUGGACAAAAGGAAAAGUCUCAUCAGCAGCCGCUCCAGUCCUCCCGCCAGCCCCACCAUCAUCCCUCGCCUUCGAGCCAUCCAGUUGACACCGGGUGAAAGCAGCAAGACCUGGGGCCGAAGCUCAGUUAUGCCAAAGGAGGAAGGGGAGGAGGAGGAGAAGAGGGCCCCCAAAAAGAAGGGACGGACGUGGGGGCCAGGGACGCUGGGUCAGAAAGAGCUUGCCUCAGGAGAUGAAGGCCUCAAAUCACUGGUAGACGGAUGCAAGCAGUGGUCGUCCAGCGCCCCCAACCUGGGGAAGGGCCCAAAGGGUACCCCAGCCCUACCAGGGUUCACCAGCCUUAUGGAGAUGGAGGAUGAGGACAUCGAAGGCCUGCAGAGCGCAGAGGGUCGUCUGCAGCAUUCACCCAACCAGUCCUACCUCUGUAUCCCAUUUCCUCGCGGUGAGGACGGGGAUGGCCCCUCCAGCGACGGAGGCCAUGAGGAGCCCACCCCAGUGAACUCAGCCACCAGUACCCCUCAGCUGACGCCAACCAACAGCCUCAAGCGGGGCGCUGCUCACCACCGCCGCUGUGAGGUGGCCCUGCUUGGCUGUGCAGCUGUGCUUGCGGCCACAGGCCUCGGGUUCGACUUGCUGGAGGCUGGCAAGUGUCAGCUGCUUCCCCCGGAGGAGCCUGAGCCACCAGCCCGGGAAGAGAAAAAGAGGCGUGAGGGCCUUUUUCAGCGGGCUGGCCGGCCCCGUCGGAGCACCAGUCCCCCAUCCCGGAAGCUCUUCAAGAAGGAGGAGCCCACACUGCUGCUGGGAGACCCCUCAGCCUCCCUGACACUGCUUUCGCUCUCCUCCAUCUCCGAGUGCAACUCUACCCGCUCCCUGCUGCGCUCCGACAGCGACGAGAUCGUAGUGUACGAGAUGCCAGUCAGCCCGGCUGAGGCCCCACCUGGGACCCCCUGCACCCACAACCCCCUGGUCAACGUGCGAGUGGAGCGCUUCAAGCGAGACCCUCACCAGUCCCUGACUCCCACCCACGUCACCCUCACGGCCCCUGCGCAGCCGAGCAGUCACCGGCGGACUCCCUCAGAUGGGGCCCUCAAGCCAGAGGCUGUCCUAGCCAGCAGGAGCCCAUCCCGCAAUGGCUUAGGCCACAACCCUAACACAGGAAUGUUGAAAACCCCCAGUCCCAGUCGAGACCCCGGCGAAUUCCCCCGUCUCCCUGACCCCAGUGUGGUCUUUCCCCCGACCCCAAGGCGGUGGAGCUCCCAGCAGGACUCUACCUUGGAGAGACCCAAGACCCUGGACUUCCUGCCCCGGCCACGUCCUUCUGCCAACCGGCAGCGGCUGGACCCCUGGUGGUUUGUGUCCCCCAGCCAUGCCCGGAGCGCCUCUCCUGCCAACAGCUCCAGCACAGAGACGCCCAGCAACCUGGACUCGUGCUUUGCUAGCAGCAGCAGCACUGUGGAGGAGCGACCCGGAUUGCCAGCCCUGCUCCCCUUCCAGGCAGGGCCGCUGCCCCCAGGCGAGCGGACGCUCCUGGACCUGGACGCAGAGGGGCAGAGUCAGGACAGCACCGUGCCGCUGUGCAGAGCAGAGCUGAACACGCACAGGCCUGCCCCUUAUGAGAUCCAGCAAGAGUUCUGGUCUUAGCGUGAUGAGGGUGGGGGGCACGUGAUGUGGGAAGCCGGAGGCAAUGGGGGAACUGGAGGCUACAGGGGGUGCUGGCUGCACAGCCCUCUGAAUCCUACUUCUUGCACUGUUAAUGCACUUUGAAGAUGGAAGGGGUGGAUACAGGGCCACUUCAGAGUUUCUGGCCCUGUAGGGCCUUUCUGCCCUUGCCUAGGAGAACAACUAAUGGACAUGAGCUCCGGCUGUAUAGGGGAAUAUGGGGUGCCUAUGUGCACCUCAACCCCCCACAGUCUUCCUCGCCUUGAGGGUGACCCUGAAGAGUCACCCAGCCAAAUCUGUCUUCUCUUGCUCCUUGGUCGGUUGGAUGUGCCCAGAGCUGUCUAGGGCCCGCCUCAGCCCUGAGUCUAGCUGUCCCGGACGCUGGUGUUGGAUGCUCUGGGAUUGAUUUUGUCCCUUUUACCCUCUGCCCCGACACCCUUGAGUAGGAAUCUUGUCUAACGUGAGUUCUAAGUUCCCUGCGUCUGUUGCGUUCUAGCUAAAAGGCUGAAGUGUGAGAGUAUAUAGAUUGGUCCACCUGUCACUACCUACCAGCACUUCCAGAUGCCCCACCUGUUUGAGCCCACAGAUGGUAAGGGGAACUGCAGGGAAAGGAGGCGGUUAGGAAGAACACAGCCAAAGGCCAGGGGAGAAGGUAGGCAGAGUCCAUCCUUGUUCCUUUUGGAAACAUUCUGGAGCAGAAAGCAGCACCUGUCGAAGGUACCCAUCUACUGACACGUAGUCCAAACACAAUCAGAUCAAGUUCCGAUAUAAACAUUUGCUCUUCCCAGAAGAGUGUCUUGGGAGAUUCACUGGUGCCUGCCUGAAGUCAGAGGCAAAGCUCCUGAAUUUGUCUGUUUUAUUGUCUGAUCACUGUUGUUUUAUUGCCUCCCCAUGGACUCCCCUCCAGUUCUUGGAAUGAGCUUUGGGUUGUGUUUGAUUGGCAGUAUCUGUGCAGUGCACCAGGAUGGUCUGUGAUGGUGGGCCCUGGACACGGGGAGCUGGGACUGGAGGAGGACCUUCUUAGCCAGGAUAGCCUGUGAGGGUGGGCCCUGGACACGGGAAGCUGGGACUGGAGGGGGACCUUCUUAGCCAGGAUGCCCUUGGAAGUAGAAAGAGCAUUCACAGGCUUCUCUGUAGCAGAGUGAUGCUGUGGUGAAUGCUCAGCAAGCCACUGAUGGGCACGAACCUCCAGCUCCUGAGUCUCCCAGUGGGAAACUGGCUGCAGAUGGCCUUCUGGCAUCUCUGCACAGACCGCGCUGCACUCUGGCCCGUCAACUGGGUAGGAAGGACCACAGAGGUUAACUGGGUCUUUGUUGGAAUUUUGGUUCCUUUACUUAAAUAUUGACCAGUGGGAAUGAAAACGGGGUUGGAAGUAGAGUCCUCAGGACCUGUCCCUCUUCCCUCUCUAUUGCUCUGCUGUCCUCCCAUGAAUUAUCCGCCAGAGGCACUGAGCCCAGCUGCAGGGUCCUUGCAUUUGCAGCGUCAUCAGGUUCCAGGAUGGGGAGAGUGGUAGAGCUGGCACAUGUGAUGGGUUUGGCCACUGCUGUUUGUAGCUGAGAUGGAAGUCCUACCCUGGGAUGCCCAAGAGGGUGACUUUGGUAUUGAGGUUUGUUCCUUGCUUUAUGAGCUUGAUGGCACUUUGGUUCAAGGACUCUGCUGUGUCUCAGACGGAGAGGCACAGGUGUUUUUGUUGCCCCAGGUUUUCUUAAUGCAUUUCAUCUCUCUGCUGCUCUUUGGAAGGCAAACAUUUCUACCUCUAGACGUCUAUUCCUGGGAUAGAGGGGAGGGGAAAUGUGAAUGUUAAGAGCAGUUCCAGCCAACCAAAUGAUUCUCCUUUCUUGAAUGACAUAAAGGGAUAAAUAGCCUCUGUACUCUAUC